UCCGACUAAGACUAUUAUUCAGAGUAUAGUUGAGAGAGUGACUUGAUCAGUAUAUUAAUAUGGGGAGUGAUCAUGACAAUGGCUAUGGUGACUUGGAGAAGCAGAUGCUGGUUCUUCACGAACACGAAGAGAAGCACUUCAUGUCCAGUGAGAUUGUCCGUGACGUCAUUCUCGGCGUCUCCGACGGUCUCACUGUCCCUUUUGCCCUCGCCGCGGGGUUGUCCGGCGCUGACGUCAGCUCCUCCAUCAUCCUCAUUGCCGGCAUUGCUGAGGUUGCCGCCGGUGCCAUCUCCAUGGGACUUGGCGGGUAUCUUGCGGCGAAGAGUGAAGAAGAUCAUUACAAGAAAGAACUAAAGAGGGAGCAAGAUGAAAUCAUCGCCGUCCCGGAUAUAGAAGCUGCUGAGGUUGCAGAAAUCUUGUCACAAUAUGGGGUUGAAGCACGUGAAUAUGGGCCUGUGGUGAAUGCUCUAAGAAGGAACCCUCAAGCUUGGCUUGAUUUCAUGAUGAAAUUUGAACUAGGACUCGACAAGCCAGACCCAAUGAGAGCGCUGCAGAGUGCAAUGACAAUAGCCUUUUCAUACGUCUGUGGUGGACUGGUGCCUCUCCUUCCCUACAUGCUCAUUCCAGUUGCUACAAAGGCGGUGCUUGCAUCUGUGGUGGUCACCAUAGUGGCAUUGCUGAUCUUCGGCUUUGCAAAGGGUCACUUCACCGGAACUCAACCUUUCAAGAGCGCUUUCCAAACCGCCUUCAUUGGAGCCAUCGCAUCCGCCGCAGCUUAUUCCAUUGCUAAACUCUUCCAAUCCUACCACUAAUUAAUCACCCGUUAAAUUAUGUGUGUGCUUUAUUAGACCAAAAUUAAGUAGCUAGCUAGUUGGUUUUUACUAGUACUGGUUGCAUGCUUGCUCGUUUGCUUCUACACCUUGGCUUUCUACGAUAUCAAUCUUCUGCAAUUAAGUGUACUAGUUCUGUUAUGGGUUCUUGUUAUAAUGAAUAUUGGGGGUUCCUCCACCACCUAGUACUUAUUGAUAAUUAAGUGCCUUAAUCUUUUUUAUAUGAUA